UCAAAUGACCUGCGCUUUAGCCAUUGGCCGACCGCCUUUCUUCAACUUCAGGCCGACUUCGGCAUUUCACCUCCUCUUUUUCAACCUCGUGUUCCGCCGCCUAGCUCUCGACGUAAUCCCGAGGAGUCUCCAUGCUUCCAAGAAACUGAGGAACAUCGAAAAAGCGUUCGGACGCUGCUUGGACCCACUCCGAUGGAAAAGCAGCUUAUUUCGACUCACAAAAAUGUCGAUUUGCAUACAAAUCCAUCAUGUGAUCCUUCCUCCUCUACUCCACUUCGUAAUUCUGGCAACUUAUUGAGUAGAAUCUUGACUCGGCAUAAGCGACGCCAGCUACGCUUCCUUCUCAGCCAGUUGCUGCAGGCAGCCCUAAUCAGCUGGACUCAUGCAAGUCCUAUUGCCAAAAUAUCCGGUUUUAAUUGCAGUGUGACUGCUAUCGGCAGAUCUGAGAUCCCGGGCGGCAAGUGUUUGGUCGGCAACAAACAGGUCAACAGUGAUUCGCUCUUCUGUCUUGAUUGGGCCUGUCUGGUAUCUAUUCUUCUUCUUGAUGGCAACACCCUUAUCCAGACACUGGCAAGAGCGGCUUUGAUCCCUGUCUUGUCUACCGCUGAGUUGCAUACUGCUGCCGCAAUUGUCGACAAUCAGGCAUCAAUAGGACAAAUGAAUGUCACCUGCAGCUCUACUCUUUCCUCCGUUAUAUCCACAGACACUCUUCACCUCGAGGCUACUGAUCGAGGCAUUGCUGCUGCAAAUGACGCUUUGGCUGCGCAGGAAAACUCCGGAAUCAACUACAGCAACCAUGCUCCUCUGCCAUCAGACUGUGGGCAUAGUGAAUUGCCUAAAGAGAAUAAAGACGGCAGUCACACAUUCACAACUGACGGUCAGACUACGCUGCCUGGUGCUCUAUUAUGUCGUCUCCUUUCUGGGCUAAACGAUCUGGCUCUGUGGUCCGCCGAUAACUGUCUUGGCUACCACGCCUUCUUCUGCGCCAUGAAGCCUCACUUGGAGUAG